CCGCCGGUGGUAGAUAACUAUUUUAAGGGAUGUUACGUUACAGUUCUUUGGCUGUUCCAGCUCAAUAACCCAUGGUUAUAUCUCCGAAGCAUGGUUUUAACAAAUCUCCUAUCAUCCAUCACACAUUCCCCACCCAGCCGUGUAAAAUCCAGGGACGGGGAUGCCCAGGAUGGGGACGGGCGUGGCCGAGGCGGUUGUGACGGUGGAGACCUGGGGUCGCGAACCGCCCACACCGCCCGCUCCCAUCCCCAUGGCGUCCGCCUCCCGCGCCCCCACGAAGCCCCAGCAGAUCCUGGUCCUCGACCCGCCGACAGAGCUCAAGUUCCGAGGCCCCUUCACCACCGUAGUCACCACGCAUCUUAAACUGCGCAACCCGACGGCGAGGAAAGUGUGCUUCAAGGUGAAGAGCACCAGCCCUCGCCGCUACUGCGUGCGUCCCAACAGCGGCGUGGUCGAGCCGGGCUGCACGGUGACUGUCGCCGCCAUGCUGCAGCCCUUCAGCUACGACCCCAGCCGGGAGGCCAAGCACAAGUUCAUGGUGCAGACCGUGUUCGCUCCCCCGGACACUUCGAAUCUGCAGGCCGUGUGGAAGAAGGCGGACCCCGGUGAACUGAUGGAUUCGAAACUGAGGUGUGUGUUUGAAAUGCCGAGAGAGAGUGACAAACUGGAUGACGGCUUGAGACUCAGAAAGCCGGCGCAUCUCAACAAGCCCAGGCUCGACUCCUCCACGUCCUUGAAGCCAAGUCGCACCACGCCUCUUCCUGUUGUCCUGCUUGUGAUUGGAGCCGUCUUCGUUGGCUUCUUCCUGGGGAAAUUCAUCUUGUAGAGUGAGGCGCGCACAGCGCUAUUACCUCCCACCCCACCCCCAGAAAAAAACAUCUCUUUAUCCACCAGCUCCUUGGAAGUAUAUGGCCCGCGGUGACCAACUUUGUGUGUGUGUAUAAAGUCAAAUAGGCUUCGCCUCUAUGAUCUCUUGUGGUUGGAGGAUGCAAUUAAAAAAGUAAAAAUAAAACAAAAGCUGUUGGGCUGCUGGACACAUCGCAUAUUAUCA